AUGGGCGCCGCCGAGCCUGAACUAGGCGCCGACGAGUACGUGCCCCAGCGACGCCUCCUCCUGUGGGCGUUCCGCAACAAGCCCGUGCCCAUCCCCGACGACAGCGACCGCAAACCGUUCCCCUACCAGACGCUGUGGUGGCCGUCCAAGCUCACCUUCUGGUGGAUGGUGCCGAUCAUGAACGUCGGCUACCGGCGCACCAUCACCCUGCGCGACUUGUACAAGUUGACGCCGCCGAUGACCGUCGAGGCGUACGGCGCCCGCUUCCAGGCGCUCUGGGAGCGCCACUUGCCACAAUGGCGCCAAAAAUGGGAGCAAGAACACCCCGAUAACUCGACGUUUGUCGUCAACAAAUGGCAGGUCUGUCUCGUGCUUAUUGAGACGUUUAAACGCGAGCUCUUUUGGGCGCUUUUCAACUUGUUUAUCGCGUUUCUGGCGAUGCUGGUGUCCCCCUUAGUGCUGAAGCAGCUCAUCGAAUUCGUCCUGAAAAAGGCGUACGGGCUCAGCGCCCUGCUGGGCGAGGGCGUCGGCUACGCCGUGUGUCUGUUUGCUUUACUUCUAAUCACGGCGUUCACGUUUGACCAGUAUUUCUUCCGGGCGAUGAACGUCGGCACUAAGUGCAAGUCCGUUUUAACCCAGGCGAUCUUGGAGAAGCUGAUGCGCUUGUCGCCACACUCAAAGCACCGCUUCAGCGACGCCAAGAUGACGCUGUUGAUGCUGACGGACUUGCUGCGGAUCGAAUUCGGGUGGAUGUUUGUCCCCAUGGGGACGAUGAUGCCCAUCCCCAUUGGUGUCUCCAUUGUCAUUUUAGUCAUCAAUAUUGGUGGCUCCCUGAUGGUGGGGAUCGCCGUGUUUUUGGUGUUGCUCAUAGUGUGCGGGGUGCCGAUGGCGCAGUUGAUUAAGCUCCGGGCGCAGGGGCUGAAGAUCACCGACGAACGAGUGACGUUGACGAAACAGGUGCUUAGCAGUCUCAAGAUGAUCAAGUUCUACGCCUGGGAAGGCUCGUUUCUCAAAAAACUCGUCGACGUGCGUACGCGGGAAGUCGACGUCGUGUUGAAAAUGCAGCGCACCCGUAAUAUCGUCACCGGGGUGGCGAUGACGCUCCCCAGUAUCACGCUGAUGGUGGCGUUUUUGGUGUUGUACGGGCUCGAGCGCGACACAAGACUGCCUGCCGAUAUGUUCUCGCUGGUUUCGUCGUUUGAAAUCAUUACAUUGUUUGUGUUUUUCAUCCCCGUGAUCAUGCUGACGUUUACCGAUAUGCUUGCCGGCUACCAGCGGAUCGGGGCGCUUUUCGCUGCCGAAGAUAUCGACCCGUAUCCAGGCUACCAUGUGAUCGAAGACAAGGAGCUGGCGGUGGCGAUUGAGCUUACUGACGCCCUGUUCAAGUGGGAAGAGUUUGACCCGGAAGAAGCCGAGGACGAAGAGGAAAAUAAGAAAAAGGAAAAGGCGAAGAAGAAACAGGACAAGAAGCACUGGUGGCAGCGCAAGCACCAGAACUCGGAGAAAGAAGCCGAAGAUACCUCUUCUUCUUCUGAUGACGUUAAGGAGAAGACUCCCGGUACCACAUUCCCGGGCCUCCGCGAUAUCAAUCUCACCGUAUCUAAGGGAGAGUUCAUCAUCAUUGCCGGUGCCAUCGGCCUGGGUAAAACCUCGCUUCUCGACGCUAUUUCUGGUCACAUGACCGCCACCGGCGGUACAAUCACCAUCAACGGCAACCUCCUCUUCUGCGGCCAGCCGUGGGCCCAGAACGCCACCAUCCGCGAGAAUAUCAUAUUUGGCCUCCCCUUCGACCGCACGUGGUACGACCAAGUGAUCUACGCCUGUCUGCUUCAAGCCGACCUUGCCAUUUUACCCGGGGGCGAUUUAACCGAAGUUGGCGAGCGUGGUAUCACUCUUUCCGGUGGCCAGAAGGCGCGGUUGAACUUGGCACGUCUGAUCUACGCUAACCCUGAGAUCUUGUUGAUGGACGACGUGCUUCUGGCCGUCGACGCUCGUGUCGGACGCCACAUUGUUGACCAGUGCUUUAUGGGCCUUAUGAAGGAUAAGACGCGUGUGCUCGCAACCCACCAGUUAGGGCUCAUCUCUGCUGCUGACCGAGUCAUUUUCCUUAACGGUGACGGCACCAUUGAUGUCGGAACCGAGCUGGAGCUUAAACAGCGUAAUUCCGGGUUCGAAAAGCUCUACGCUCACGUGCUGUUACCCGACGAACUUGACGACGACGACGACGACCCCGCUGAUCCUGCUCUCACAGCACCUAAACCUCCUAAGGGUGAUACCGUCAUCGAGCUGAUCCUGGUCCCGGGCUCUGAAUCGGACUACAUCGACGUCUACGCCGGUAAGGACGCUGCCAAGGGGAAAAUCAUCGAACGUGAAGAAGUGGCCGUUAACCAGAUUUCGCUAGAUGUUUACUACCAGUACAUCAAGCACGGUGCCGGCAAAUUGACGGUGGUGGGGUGGUUCAUCUGCUUCGCCACCACGCUUGCUCUUGCCACUUUUUGCGAGAUCUUUACCAAUACGUGGUUGCUGUUCUGGGUGCUGAAAAAGUGGCCUGAGCGCCUGGACGGGUUCUACAUCGGGUUGUAUGUCAUGUUCAACAUCUUGUACGUGAUCUUCUUGAUUGCGGCGUUCAUGUUGCUCGUGCGGCUCGUGGUGAUUGCCCUGCGUCGCCUCCACUUGAAGGCGUUGGAACGAGUAAUUCAUACCCCGAUGGCCUACAUCGACGUCACUCCCCUCGGGCGAAUGAUCAACCGGUUCACUAAGGAUACCGACGCUUUGGAUAACGAGAUUUCAGAAAACUUGCGUAUGCUUGCCCUCCAGUUUGCCCGCCUCAUCGGUGUCGUGGUGUUGUGCAUUGUCUACAUCCCCUGGGUGGCGCUUGUGGUGCCGGCAGCUUUGAUUGUGCUUGUGUGUGCCUGCAAUUACUACCUUGCCACUCUCCGCGAAGUCAAGCGACUCGAGGCGUUGCUGCGGCUGUUUGUCUACAGCAACUUCACCGAGGUGCUCUCCGGGCUGGCGACGAUCGCUAACUACCGCCACCAGGAGCGGUUCAAAGACAUGAACCGCAAAUUCAUCAACGACAUGAACGAGGCGACUUUCUUGGUCAUUGGCGGCCAGCGGUGGAUCGAGACCUUACUCAAUAUCUUUGGUGCCCUUGUGCUGUUCUUAGUGGCGAUGCUUUGUGUGUUCCGUGUGUUCAAAGUCAGCGCAGCCCUGGCAGGGUUGUUGUUGACCUACUCGCAAAACUUGCUGCGGAUGUUGCUGGACGUGACUCGGUUGUACGCCCAGGUGGAAAACGAGUUUAAUCUGGCCGAACGGAUUGAGUACUACGCUCUCCACCUCGACCAAGAAAAAGCUCAGCACUUGCCGGAAGACCCUCCCGUUGAAGAGUGGCCCACUCACGGCGCCAUCGAUUUCGCUCAAGUAGGGUUGCGCUAUCGUCCUAACUUGCCCAGAGUCCUCAACGAUUUGACUAUCUCAGUUAAAGGAGGUGAAAAAGUUGGUAUCUGUGGCCGUACCGGGGCAGGCAAGUCGUCGAUCAUGGCGGCGUUGUACCGGCUCGUCGGACUUGAGCUGGGCACCAUCAGCAUCGAUGGCUUGGACAUCUCGCUGGUGGGGCUCCACACUUUGCGCCUGCGGCUUCUGAUUAUUCCCCAGGACCCCGUGCUCUUUGAAGGCACCAUCCGGCACAACUUAGACCCGUUUGACGAGAUCGACGACGACACCAUGUGGCAGGCGUUGCGCAGGGCGCACUUGGUCACCGCUGACGACAUUGCUGAAGCUACUGGGCCCCACGCGUCUCGCGGGGACGACUACGAGCGCCCCAAGUUCCACUUGGACGCUACCGUCGAGGAAGACGGGGCCAACUUCUCGCUUGGUGAGCGUCAGCUCUUAGCGUUUGCCCGUGCCCUCAUCCGUAACACCAAGGUUUUGAUCAUGGACGAGGCGACGUCGCUGGUUGACUACGACACCGACCACAAAACCCAGCAGACCAUCCGCACCGAAUUUGCCGACUGCACCAUCUUGUGCAUUGCUCACCGGCUCAAGACGGUGCUUGAGUAUGACCGCAUUUUGGUGAUGGACCGGGGGCAGGUGGCCGAGUUUGACACCCCGCUUAACUUGUUCGAACGCGGCGGCAUCUUCCGAGAAAUGUGCGACCAGGCCAAGAUCAAUCGGAGUGACUUCGAUCAUAAGUACGUGUAA